AUGACUUCACCAAAAUGUAUCACCAUUGGGUUCUUGGUUUUAGCAAGUUUAAGCCUUUGCUCAGCUCAUAGGCUCCUCCUAGAAAUGAAGGAGUACAAGAAGGCCAGUGACAUUCAAUCCUCUACCGGGCUUAUAUCAACUGAGAGGGACUUAGAUUGUGGUGAGUGCAACGAGCCUGUGCCAGUUCCUCCUCCUUGUUCCGAACCUCCUUCGUCUACAGGCAUCCCGCCACCUGAUCAGCAGCCAAUAGGCGUCCUGCCACCCGUGCAGCCGCCUACAGGCAUCCCGCCACCUGAUCAGCAGCCAAUAGGCGUCCUACCACCCGUGCAGCCGCCUACAGGCAUCUCGCCACCUGAUCAGCAACCAAUAGGCGUCCUGCCACCGGUGCAGCCGCCUACAGGCAUCUCGCCUCCUGAUCAACAGCCAAUAGGCGUCCUGCCACCCGUGCAGCCACCUACAGGCAUCUCGCCACCUGAUCAGCAGCCAAUAGGCGUCCUGCCACCCGUGCAGCCGCCUACAGGCAUCUCGCCACCUGAUCAGCAGCCAAUAGGCGUCCUGCCACCCGUGCAGCCGCCUACAGGCAGCCCACCUCCUGAUCAGCAGCCAAUUGGUGUCCUACCACCUGUACAGCCGCCUACAAGCAUUCCGCCACCUAAUCAGCAGCCAAUAGGAGUCCUGCCACCUGUGCAGCCACCUAGUUCUUGCCCAGACACUGAACCUGUACAGCCGCCUACAAGCAUCUCGCCACCUAAUCAGCAGCCAAUAGGAGUCCUGCCACCUGUGCAGCCACCUAGUUCUUGCCCAGACACUGAACCUGUACAGCCGCCUACAAGCAUCCUGCCACCUGAUCAGCAGCCAAUAGGAGUCUUGCCACCUGUGCAACCACCAAGUUCCUCUCCAGACACUGAACCUGUACAGCCGCCUACAAGCAUCCUGCCACCUGUGCAGCAGCCAAUAGGAGUCUUGCCACCUGUGCAGCAACCUAGUUCCUGCCCAGACAUUGAACCUGUGCCUCAACCUCCAGCGUGUGGUGAUUCCUGCCCAAGUCAUGCACCUGUGCCUCAACCUCCAGGUGGUGAACCUGUGACUACUCCUCCAGCUCCUGAGCCAGCCGCUCCUCCACCAACCUGUAAUGAUUGUGGCUGUAAUCCUCAUCUUGGAUUCUGUAAUGAACCAGUCAUUACAGAUUCCAUGGAUGCCACUGCGAGAGAGGCUACAGCCCAAGAAGACCAAAAAGACACCAUGGAACACGUUGUCCCAAUAAGGCUCUCCACUCCAAAUCCAAAGGAUGCAAUGGUUCGACAUUAG